UUCGCUUUGGCGUUCAGUGGAAUCGACGCAUAUUUGCGGUUGGAAAACGAUUAUUUUCUACAAAGUCCGUCACUUUUGCCAGUCUCAAAAUGAGUGAUAUCAACCCAGGAGUACAAUACGUGAAUGCUCUCGUUCAGUCCGUGGACGAUUUCGUGGACUACACUGAUGAGUUUCAAGAGGAGCUGGAUGCCCAGGCCGAGAGGCGGGCAGCCAUUGCCCUGGAGGACCCUGACUCCGUCUGUGCCAUGAUCAUGCAGGCCGGCUUGGCACGCCUGCUGCAGGAAGCGAACGAAGGCGGCAGGGAAAUCUACGGUGCCGCUGUGCCCUUCGAACAGACAGGGAGCGGAGUUACCGUGAUGGCUGUGGGUGGAAUCAGUGGUGGCACCACUGCAUCUACGAAGGUGUGUGAAGAAUUGCAUGGCAUACCCUCGUGCAAAGAUAACAGGGCUAGCUGUAGUGUGAGCGGCGUCACGGAAAAGCCAAGUGAGGCAACAGGUGAUCUUGGGAAAGGGAGAGAGGAUGUUGAGGAGAAAGAAGUAGAGGAAAAAGAAGAGGAUAAGGAGGAGAUGUUGAGAAUGGAGGAAAUUGAGCUGGAAUUGGAGGCAGGGCGUGAGAAUCAAGGCGAGAGUGUGCAGGCAGCAGGACAGGAGGAGACGGUACAAGUAGACAAGACAGAGGAUAAGAACGAGGAUGAUAGGGAAAGGAAAGCAGAGGAUUGGAUGGUGAUGAAGUCUGAGGGCGAGGAGAAGAAAGGUGGAAGUGUGCAGGAGGAGCAGCUGCAGGAUUCGGAGACCAAGACACGGGAUCAGGAUGGGAUGGAGUUUGACGAGAACUGUGCACCACAUGCUGUAGUCGAGGCAGGCGAAGAGGAGAAACAGGCAAAGGAGAAAGAAGAGAUGAAGGGACCGACUCAGGAGGAUCAGAAAAAAGAUGGGAAGGAUGUUGAGGAGCUGGAUGGAUUAGAAACUGAAGAUGGAGCGCACGUAGACACGGAGGAUGAAAGAGAAGUUGAAGAAUAUGCAGUUGUCAAGGAUGGGGAGCUGACAGAUGACGAAGUGAAUGACUCGAGAGAAGAAGCGGAGAAAGUGACCUCGGAAGAACAGAAGAAACCUGAGAAGCAGAGUGAGGUGGGAGAAGACCUGAUAGACCAACAGGUGGAAACCGAGGAGCAGGAGGCAGGGGAGGUGGAAAAAGAGGAGGAGGCCAUGCAGGAUGAUAUCGAGAGGCAGGACGGAUUGAUGAAGGGUUUACCACACGAGAGGAUCGACCCGGUGAAAAUGGAUCCAACUGAGCUGGAAGAGAAGGAAGAGGAAGGAAAUGGGAUGCAGGAGGAUGGGGAGGCUGAUUUCAAGAAGGAACAGGGGUCCAGAGGGGAGAACUUGGAUGCAGAGGAAGAGAAGGAUAAAGCGACGGUGCUCAAGGAGGAGAUAAGUCAUCUGGAAAAGGGUGGAGAUGCUGUCAAGGAGGGCGGUGAAAAAGAUUGUACAGAGAAAGGGACAACAGUUGCCCCUCGGGAGAUCAGCAUCAUCACUGAAGAUGAUGUCAAAACUGCAACAGUCACUGAUGAGAUGACCACUAGUGACGAACCCGCGACAGAGGAAGACCAUACACUGGUUGUCAGCAAAGGUACAGAUAACAUCGACACUCCCCCUAAGAUCAAGAAAAGGGGUUUGUGGGCCAGGAUCUUUGGUAAACGCACGAGCAAGGCAAAGAAUGACAAGAUGAAGCAGAGUGACGAGGAGCACCUGGAGAAGGAGGAACAGAAGAGGAAACCAUCGAAGCUGAAGAAUCUCAUCUUUGCUUGCUGCUGCGUGCAACCGAUAGAUUAAGUUAAGCCUUGGGGUAUUAAAAAACUGCUGGAGGCCGGGAUUCUUCAAAGGUUGGGCCGUCAGGGGCGUACGCCUGUACGUAGAAGGGGUGGCUGCCAACAGAAAGUGUGGCCCUAGAAAUGUGUUCGCUUGUCCUAUACCUUCGGCAGCAAAGUACCCAGAUUACGUUCAGUCACACCCUUUUGGCUACGCCCCUGCUGAUGGUGUGCGCCUCAUGGAAGUUACUCCCACAAGCAUUACAAAAUCAUCACAAAAUCUAAUGCUUUUUCCAUCGAUCCAUACGAGAGAUAAGCAGAAAAGCACAACAAAUAAGAAAAGACUGAGUGAAAGACCGUGGAGAAAUGGAGUUCUGGAAUGGCAGUGCUUGGGAUGCGCAAGAAUAAAUGAUUUUAUGAUGAUGCUUAAAAUCACGUUGAUUUCAGUGACAAUUUAGUAUGGAUGACAAGCACGUCGACUGAGGAUAAUGAAGGUAAUGACCAGUUAAAGUGCAGACAUCGAUGGGCAUGGAUCGUCAUCAU